GUAAGAUUGAUAUUAGAGUAUUCAAACAAAUCAUUAUAAAACAGUCUCAGCUUCCCUCUCUCGCCUCCCCCUUCCUCUCUAGCUGCUCACGGCGCCGAUAGCAUCACGGCCCCUGACCAAAUAUAUGGAGGUUGAUCCUCGCGAUCAUCGCAACAAGGAAGAAAAAAUAGCAAGCAUUAGCCCAUGGAAACGGAAACACCCUGAAACUUGGGGUCCCUACAAAAUUACCAUGCAUUCUUUUUGGGAGAAGUUUGAUGAUUAUACAUAUGCUAACAUGGACUUGGAUAUUGAUACCAAAAAAACUGCUUUGAAAGCUUCUCCAUCUGUUGUCAGUGUUGUAUCCCUUACAGGUGGGAAUGCAUUAUUUAUGGGCUCUGGCACAAUCAUAGAUUGUGAGAAUGUCAACAGUACAUAUUUCAGUACCAUCUUAACUUCUGCUAGUCUUCUUAGGUCUUCUGCGGAAUUAGAAGCGGUACCCGAGGAUAUCAAGGUCAUUAUUUCAAUAAAAGUAUUUUUUGUUUUGGGUACAAUACAAUACUAUUCAGUGUUACUGUUAUUGCAGAUUGAUGUGUAUAUUUCAGAUGGCAAAUUGUUUGAGGGUCGAGUGUUCGCCUAUGACUUUCAUUUCGACAUCGCUUUUAUCAAAAUUGAAUCUAAUGCAACUUUACCAACUGCAAGUCUAAGACUAUUGGAAGACUAUCAGUAUAGAUCCAAAUGAUAUCCCUGGUCGUCCUCAUUCAAAUGUAUCUAAACUUUGUCCUGGAGAUAAUGUUGUAGCAGUUGGUCGCUUCUUUGAUGCACCAUAUAAUCUCAUGGCUGCUCGUGGUCAAUUCAGUGUGGUAUCGGCGGACCCCUUAUCAAUCAUUAUGGAGAAGUCAUUGGAGUCAAUUUUUAUGAUUCGCUAUGUACACCUUUUCUCCCAGUCAACAUAGUUUCUAAAUGCUUGGAGCACUUUAAGAAAUAUGGGUAUGUUUCAAAUCUUUCUAUGUCAUUUCAAAACGCAGUGACUUUUUAUUUUUUUUUAAUAACUAGUUGGAAGCCACAUGCAUUCACUUGGGGUUUGUUGGGUAGUUUAACAUGCAUGCACUUGAAUGCUAACCAAGACAGAUUAUUUCUUAUGCACAAAAAGGUCUAAUCAUCUAGAACAUCUAGAUUUGUAGUUGAGGGAAUUGUGCAUGCUCAAGGAGGGUGAAUGGGUAAUAUAUUAUUUUUUUGAUUAAUCCCCCUUUUAAUUUCCUUCUUUUAUAUGGAUCCCAAAUAGUGUCUUUAUAGAUAUCAAUUCUUAUAUUUUAUUUAAAUUGAUAUUCAAAUCUUGUGCUAGUUUAUGAAUUAGUGAAUUCUUUUUAUCUCUAACAUUAUUGAAUGAUUAUGUGAGCCAAUGGUAAAUUUUCCAAUGCUAACUUCAAUUUGAAGGAUGUAAUAAAAUAAUGGAAUAUUCAAUUUACUGCAAAUUGACCAAUUACUCAAAUAGCUCAUUUAUACAAUAUGGAUACCAAAGCAUGAAUGUAAAUAAGCACAAUGGACACACAGAUUUUUAUAGUGGUUUAGCUUGCAAGCUUGUGUUUACUUUUGGAAACUCACUGGAGUUUUUAAUCCGCUUAGUGAGUGGGUGUUCGGGGUUUGCUUUUUUGUUGGCUUUUUUUCUUCUUUAGUAAACUUAUUAAAAAAAAAAAAAAAUUUGAAAAGGCUUUUUGGUUCUACUUGACUAGAAGUACUGGAAAAGUAAAAAAAUUAAAAAAAACGAAAAAAGUUUAGAAAGGACAAAAAAAAAAAAAAAAUCCAAAAUCACGAGUUAAUAUUUUUUGCCCACAUGGUAAUAUGAUUGUCACCAACAUGUUUGUCUACGUGUCAUUGUGCUUGUCCACAUGGCAUGGUGCUUGUCACUAAAUUAUAUACACGUGGUGACUUUCUUGUCACCAAAAUUCUAUUUACAUGAGCAGGUGCUCAAUGCUUGUUAACAAAUUAAUGAUCGUUAUAUCGCUGAUCAAAAAGGAAAAAGAAAAACAAAUGUCUUGUAUGCUCUCUCUCUCUCUCUCUCAAGUUACUUUGAUUUUCAAAUAAUGUCUGUAAGAUCUUCAUGAAAGGAAACCCUUGUUUUACCACCAUGUGUGGUGUAUUACUUGAUUGACACUACAUUGUAUGUUUUGGAACUUGAGAUUUGUGUGGCUGGAUCAAUAUUAGAUGGUGGAUUUUGCAGAAGCUUGGGAUCUAUAAGAGAAGUAGGGAAUCACUGGAAAUUUGUGUGGGAACUUUCUAUUUGGUGCUUUGUGAUCUAGGGAAUUGGAGGUUUCCCCUCGAUGGGUAUUAGGCCCCAUCAAGCGUUAGUGCUUACUGAAGUUACAAAUAUAAGAGGAUUAGGAAUCAUUGGAAAUUGUUGGCAGGUUGUGAUAGGAAUAUUUUAGUAGGAUUUUAGUGGUAUGGAGAGUGGGCCCAUCUUGUUCCACGCUACCAUUUGGUAAUAUAAAAAUAAAUCUUUUGAUGGAAAGGAGUAGUCGAUCAGAAAUGAUACUGUUAGAAUUUACCAUAACCCACUCCACCUACCACCUCCACUACCACACACACUCACCUACUUCACCUACUUUCCUACACCUACCACACACACUCACCUACUCCCAAAUCCUCUCCUAUAUAAUAGGAAGCCUUGUAAUAUCAACUACACAACAAUCAGAUAUCAACAUCAAUCAAUAAUAAGAUCAUCAGAUACAUUUAUUCUCUCUGUAUUUUUCUCUUUAUACAUUGAUUUUUAACAUUAUACGGGCCUUGGCCAACUAGGCGUAGUUCAUGCAUCCUUUUGUUACAUUGGUGUUUAUUUUGAUUUUAUUUGGAUAUUUUAGCUGGUAAGAUUCGAUUGAAUUGCUAUUUCAAUUUGGUACUGCUUAAUUGUUCUUUUGUGAGAAAAUCAAUAUACUAUAUAUUUCCGAUUACUUAAGCCCAUUGAUUUUUACUUUUCUUGAAGUACAUUGGGUGGCUGAUGCCAAAGUGCUUUACUGGCUUGGUGAGUUACUAAGAAGCAUGGACACGACACAGACAUGUGGACAUAUAAAUUUUCAAAAAAUGCAAGACAUGACAUGUUGGGAACACAUGAAAAAAAUAUAAUUUCAUAUAU